AGACCGUUGCGACGUUUACUGGUGGAAACCCAGCGAUAGCCGUGAGCUGCUAACCAGUUAGAUAAACAACAGCGACCCUCUCUUGAAAGACAGCUCUGACCACGAAACAGACUGAUGUAAACGUUCAGUGUUCGACUCAAAACUAUUAAGGACCACAAAUGUCAAAAACGGAAUAGUUGAGGCGUACAAAAACUGCACGAAAACGAUGUAGCAAGCUAACUUUAGCCAACUGCCUCGCGCGAUACUCCUCAAACCAUGGACUGUGACGGGUAAGAGUGGAGAAUAUAACUUAUAGACGUUUAUUAAAAAAAGAAAAGCGAUGACGUGACAAGAAACAGUUAAAGCUGAUAUUUAACCCGUGAAAUUGACUGGAGAGCGAGGGUGCUGGUGUAAUUCUACCCGCUACAUUGCUAAGAUGUCUCUUGUAUACAUUCAGUUAAUUUCUCUUAUUGUUUGCGAAUUGAACAUUGAUUAUUUUGGUGUCACACACCAUGUGGUGGUGUUAGUUCUAAACAGUUUGAAUAAUAAAAAAAAAAAUUAAGUACAAAUAUCGCCUUACUAGCAGGCCAACGGCUCACGAGACAUUCAAACUAAUCUAGCGCCAAGUGUCUCGUGCAGAAAUUUGACUCCUGAUUAAUUUAUGUACAGUAUAAACGGGGGUUUAUAAUCAAAAUAAUGCAGAAUGUUAUUAGUUAUUUGUCUUAAUAGCGAGAGACACGUUAUUGGCUAAUGGUUUAACAUGUUGCUUGUAAAGGUUCUUUAAGUCUAUUUGAUUCAUUCACUAGGUGUCGAUUCCCUUGUCCCCUGCCUAGUUUGGGUACGCAGGACGAUUCCCAAGAUUCAGGCUUUUACACCUUUAGUCACACACACAUGACGAAAGCCUUUGGGUUUAUGAAUGAUUUGAGAAGGUGGGUAAACUGAUAAAACUGACCCAACACUGUUUUUGAUGUUCCCCAGGGCCAUAACCCCCAUAGACUUAAAAGGCAGCACGUUUUCCCGAAUAUUUCGAUUAGAUGUCAACCAAAAAUGGGUUUUCCAAUAGUCAUUUAUAUUGUUAUAGUUCAGUUUUUAAAUUUGCACCUCCCAGUGUUGAGUAUGUAGUAACAGUUUUGUUGUGAAUGUAGGCUGAAUGCUCAAUAGAUAGAGGAUAUUUCUAUCUAAAACUAGAUCUUUAGUUUUUCUCAUAUUCUUUGUAACCAAAGCCGAAGGAUGCUUUGUGAUGUUCUGCUGGUGGCGGGAGAAGUGGAGGUACCAGCACACAGAAUAGUUCUUGCCUCCUGCAGUCCGUACUUCUGCGCUAUGUUUACAGGUACUCCUCUUUAUAUGAUGCUAUUCCUAUAUAAAAGGGAGCUGCAUGUCCCAUGGCCUACUCCGCACUCUGCUAUUUUUAAAUGCAUAGCAAAGAGACAUCCAAUGGCUUGCUAUGUAUCUGAAGCUAUAGUAGUGACAUGAGUGAGAGCAAAGCUCACCAUGUCGAGAUCAGGGAUGUUGAUGGAGAGACACUCAUGAAGCUGGUGAAUUAUAUUUACACCGCAGAGAUUGAAGUGUCUGAGGAUAAUGUUCAGGUGCUGCUCCCAGCUGCCAGCCUGCUGCAGUUGAUGGAUGUUCAGCAGGUUUGCUGUGACUUCCUGCAGGCCCAACUCCAUCCCACCAACUGCCUGGGCAUCCGAGCAUUCGCUGACCUGCACGCCUGCACAGGACUGCUCAGCCUAGCCCAUGCUUAUGCGGAGCAGCACUUCACAGAUGUCAUCCUGGGUGAGGAGUUCAUGGCCCUAUCCUUGCAGCAGGUGUGCAGUCUGAUCUCCAGUGACAAACUGACCGUGUCCACUGAAGAGAAGGUUUUUGAGGCCAUGAUUGCGUGGAUAAAGCACAAUAAAGAGGCCCGUUUUGAGUACAUGCCAAAGCUAAUGGAACAUGUUCGACUGCCUCUGCUGUCCAGAGAUUACCUUGUUCAGAUUGUAGAGGAGGAGCCCUUAAUAAAAAACAACAACAUUUGUAAGGACUUUCUUAUUGAGGCGAUGAAGUACCACCUUUUACCUGCAGACCAGCGGCAUCUUAUAAAGACUGACAGAACACGACCACGCACACCCGUCUGUCUACCAAAGGUGAUGAUGGUGGUAGGGGGUCAGGCUCCUAAAGCCAUCUGCAGUGUGGAGUGUUAUGACUUCCAGGAAGAUCGCUGGUACCAGGUGGCCAACUUACCCUCCAGACGCUGUCGAGCAGGUGUGGUGUAUAUGGCUGGCAAGGUGUAUGCAGUGGGGGGGUUUAAUGGCUCUCUGCGUGUGCGGACAGUGGACGUGUAUGAUGGGUUGAAGGAUCAGUGGAGCUCUGUCCCCAACAUGCAGGAGCGUCGCAGCACUUUGGGUGCAGCCGUACUGGGUGACCUGCUGUUUGCUGUCGGGGGAUUUGAUGGAAGUACAGGCUUGUCGUCAGUGGAGGCGUAUAACCCCAAGACUAAUGAGUGGAUGUUUGUUGCUCCCAUGAACACCAGGCGCAGCAGUGUUGGGGUGGGCGUUGUUGAUGGGAAGCUCUAUGCUGUUGGAGGUUAUGAUGGAGCAUCUCGCCAUUGUUUGAGUACUGUAGAAGAGUAUAACCCAGCCAGUAAUAAAUGGUGCGAUGUGGCAGACAUGAGCACCAGACGGAGUGGAGCAGGUGUUGGAGUGCUCAAUGGACAGCUCUAUGCUGCAGGUGGGCAUGAUGGUCCUCUGGUGAGAAAAAGUGUGGAGGUCUAUGACCCCAACACUAACACCUGGAGACCAGUGUGUGACAUGAAUAUGUGCCGGAGGAACGCAGGGGUGUGUGCCAUAAAUGGGUUACUGUAUGUGAUCGGAGGAGACGAUGGGUCGUGCAACCUUUCCUCUGUAGAGCACUAUGACCCUACAACUGAUAAAUGGAGUCUCAUACCCACUAACAUGAGCAAUGGCCGCAGCUAUGCAGGGGUGUCAGUCAUUGACAAACCAUUAUGACUAAAAGUCCUGGGCAGCAGGUCUCUCCAUGCCUGUCGAGGGAGCAGCUGUGACAGACAGACAGAGAUUUAAAGCAAAAUCCAGAUGCUGAUGGAGCUCUGUAGGACCUUUCUGCCCUGCUCACUAUCCUCUGGAUCCAAGUGAAGCUGCUUAAAACUCAUCUCAAAUCUGACUGCCUCACACAAACAAUGAGCCCUGACAUCUCCCAGUCUCCAGAAAGUGCAAUUUAGCUCUGUUAUUUUUUUUUAUUUUUAUUUUUUUUUAAAUGAGCCCUCAUAUGAAGUGGCCUAGUUGGACUAAAUCUGGCUGGACAGAGCGUGUAAGGAUGGAUUGAGGAAACAGUUCCCUGUGCGGACUGACUGGCGUGGGAAAAUUAAGUGGUAGUGUAGGUGCAGGUGAAGACUGUGCCAACAGAGGGCCCCCUGCCUGCUUUACUACUGACUCUGAGCAAAGUCACUGAUUUACUUACAUUGACAGUUCCAUUCACAGGUUAAACAUGAUCAUAUAAUGCAGUGCCAGUCUUUGGUUAUUUUGGCUUUAGCUUGAUCUCUUUGAGGAGAUGACACAAAUGUAUAUCAAGGCAUAUCCCUUAAACUGGAUCAGGACUUACUCUACACUCUCACAAAGGGAUCUUGCUCUGAGUGUAUAUCACUAACUUCCGAUUUUUGGUUACAGGGUAACUUGUUUUAAAUUUGUAUUAAAAGUAUUAUGGGAACAAGACUGUAAAAAACUGAACACUAGUUUGAAAGUUGUUUUAACCAGCUGCUUUUGUGCCAUAAUGUAUGUAAUAUUGAUUUUAUUUCAACUGGUAAACAGGAACACCAUAUAAAUCUCACAGGGUUAUGUGCCAAAUGUAACACUUAAUCAUAUGCAUAAUACUGUAUGUUAGUUACUUGUAUAUAAGCACUUUCCAUGAUGCAAUUUUGUUGUGAAAUCAUCCACGUUGGACAUACAGAGCCUAAACAUGUUGAUUAACAUGUCUUUUAACUAGGGCUAAAAUGACAACGUUGACAAUAAAGAAUUGUCGACAAAAAUUUUCAUUGUCGAAUAGUCGUUUGAUCUCGUUUAACGUGACAUGAGAUCACAUUAAACUCUAAUGAUGACUCGUGAGAGCAGCACUGCAGUUUGCACCUGACAGAGGAGAGGAAGAAUUACAUAGAUGCACUCAGCUUGUGAUCUAGAUCGCAAAGUAUGAGGAAAUUAUAAUGCAAAAAUACAAAAUAAGUAAAUACAGAAGCACUCUCAUGGAAUAAGCGGAGCCAGAGCUCUUUAAAGGAAACACCCCGGCGUUACAUCUUAAAUGCAGUUAUGUUUAAUGCGUUAUAGCUUUAUUAAAGUUCAAAUAAUACGGAAGCAGAUCAUGUAAAUAACUACAAACUCUGAAACUGGCAUUUCUGUGUGCAGUCAGCGCCUCUUCUAUGAGUUGCACGAAUGUCCCGAUCUAAGGGGGAGAGAUUGAACUGUCGCUGGGACAUUCAUCCCUGGAGCGUGCACGCUUAAUGCAGCCAGAUUAUAACGUGAUGGCUCGCGACUUAUUGAAUCAUAAUAUAUGUCACUGUGCAUUUCUUAUCCUGAAGAAAUUUGGCAAAAUGCAGCUUUAUUAAUAAGAGAGAGUUUGCUUUGAGAGUUAAAGAUGGAUUGAAGUGAACAUAAAGGUGAGAGAGGGUAGUCUUCGUCCCAUUAUACACUGAAACAAAAUACAUUUUUGAUUUGUUUUUGUUUUGGCUUGUUUUCCAAUAUAAAACUCCUUUAAAACAACAUAAAUUUUCUAUAGCAGCUAUACUGCAGAAGAAAAAAAUAUUAUCUGAAAAUGUUGAAUAUAAUAUUAAAAAUACAAAUAUUUUAAAAUAUCUAAAAAUCCUUUAGAAAAAGAUGCAUUCACCUGAG